AUGGGCCAGGGCGUGGCGGAGCCAAGCCAUCUGAGGCGGCCUUCGCUGCUCUCCAACGAUGAGAGCCACAAUCCUCUGGGCACUCGUAGCGGCCACCUCCAGUCCCUCAUCCGCAGUCGCUCUACCCAGAGCAUGCAGAGCGUAACUGGCUCUCUGCACUCUCACCAUUCCCAUCCGACAACGCCGUUUUGGAUGGGCCCAGACGACGAGGAGACGGCGCUUCUCCACGUUCGCCCUCACGACAACGACGAGCUUGGCAGGCUGCUCAGCGACGAGCGCCGCCUCACCCAGCUGCUCAAUGGACCCCAGAACCGCAGCGCAAAGCUCAUCGGCCGAAGCAACCCCCGGUAUCGUUGGGAACAGUACUGGAAACCAGAGGAAGAGCUGGCCUCCAUGUCUAAGCCCCUGCGCGAAUACUACGAACGUACCAACGAGCUAAUCCAGCAAUAUCUCUACAUCGAUGCUCUCCUCGACUCGGCCAUUCCCCAUGAGCUUCUCAACGAAUACCAGACCGAGCUAGAGGCCUCGGCCUUCCGGCCCAUUGAUGUACCGGACACCAUCAACGAGGAGCCAUCCACAGCCUCCGACUCGCCCCCCAUGAGCGGCUCGACCCCGGCGUCCUUUACCCCAGGAUCCUACGGCACCGUCAAGGCGAACAACUCUUCCACAAAGCUGCCCGCAACUCGCACGCCCAAGGACAUCUUCCGCUCCUCUGAGAGCCUGCCAAUGCUUCAGCGUCAGGUCGGAGACGAUGAGGACGACGAGCCCCCCACAGCGCCUGUUACCCAGGAAGACGGCGCAGGCCCCAAGCCCAUCUUGCCAUGGUUGGAGGACGCUGAAGUCGACAGCGAUGACCCAAUUGUGACUCUGGCUAUCUGGGUCAACUUUAUCGCCAACGGCAUUCUCCUUGCUGGAAAGCUUGCCGUCAUUGUUUCCGUUCCCUCCAUGUCCGUCUUGGCUAGUUUGGUCGACGCUGUGCUUGACUUUCUCAGUACCGUCAUCGUUUGGAUAACUACGCGUCUCAUCUCGGCCAGUCAACAGGACCAAUACAGUUACCCCGUCGGUCGUCGAAAGCUUGAACCUCUCGGUGUACUUGUCUUCUCCAUCAUCAUGAUCACCUGUUUCUUCCAGGUAGGCCUCGAGUGUAUCCAGCGCCUCAUGGACCCUGCGCACCACAUCCUCGAGCUCGGUAUCCCCGCCAUCGCCAUCAUGGUUUCCACCAUUGUCAUCAAGGGUGCCUGCUGGGUCUGGUGCCGUGUCGUCAGGAACUCGAGCGUGCGAGCCUUGGCCGAAGACGCCAAGACGGAUGUAAUCUUCAACACGGGAUCCAUCUUGUUCCCGAUUAUUGGUUUCUAUGGACGUAUCUGGUGGCUUGACGCUGUUGGCGGCCUGCUCCUUUCCAUGGUUGUCAUCUUCAACUGGAGUGAAACCUCGGCCCAUCACGUCCGUAACCUCUCCGGCUUCUCGGCCCAACCCGACGAGCGUAACCUCCUGUUGUACCUCACGAUGCGAUUCGCGACGGCUAUCCGCCAGAUCCAGAACCUGCGCGCCUAUCACGCCGGAGAUAAGCUCUUUGUCGAGGUUGACAUUGUCCUCUCUGCCGCCACACCCCUGAAGGACAGCCACGACCUCAGCGAGGUUCUCACCUACUUCCUCGAGUCCGUCCCCAUCGUCGACAGGGCCUUUGUCCAUGUCGACUACACCAGCUACAACGCUCCGACCCACAUGCUCAAAGGGUCCGCUGCAAAGGCGAAAUGA